AUGGAUGAGUGGUGGCCUUUCGGCGGUGGUCAAACGUUGAGGGUAAUUGCCCAGGCUGUAGAUGAUGCUCGAGUGGCUUUUAAUCGUCAGUGUGUUCAUCUAGAAGCUUGGCAGAUUGUGUCUUACACACUGUCAAUCGCAUGUUUAUUUAUAUGGUGCCGGAGGCAGCUUAAAACGGACAGGCCUCUUGCUGAGCGUAUUAGAGCAACAAUCUUCUCUGCAGUUCGUCGUAUACCGUAUGUGAAGGCUCAGAUUGAAGAGGAAAUGGAGAAAGCGAGGAAGGAUCUGGAGGAGAACUUGCAUCAGUACGAUAGAAAAAAAGAGUUUUACAAGUUUUUGCCAGAAAGAGGAGUGUCACCAGAAGAAAUUAUUCGAGAAGCUGAACUGUAUGACGGGAUGAGCGAGUUCAAGUUUUAUGAUGGUCGAGUUUCUGGCGCCGUUUAUUCUGCGCGGAACGAAACGCAUAGAAAAUUACUUGAAAAGCAUGAAAUCAUAAUAAACUUUUUACAGAUAUUUGAUAGAUUUGUUUACGCGGAUAACUUGCAUCCAGAUCUCUUUCCUGGUUGUCGUAAGAUGGAAGCUGAAAUUGUACGAAUAACUGCUUCCUUACUUCAUGGCGGCCCUGGUUCUUGUGGUACUGUUACUUAUUGCGGUACGGAAAGUAUAAUUCUGGCCUGUUUAGCUUAUCGUAAUCGAGCGUAUGACAGGGGGAUCUAUCGCCCCGAAAUGAUUGUUCCUGCAACUGCACAUACGGCGUUUGAUAAAGCCGCUCGGUUGCUGCAGAUUCGUAUUCGACAUAUACCUGUCCAUAAGAAUCAGAGGGCUGAUGUAGGAUCUAUGAAACGAGCAAUAACUAAUGAAACCUGCAUGAUUGUUGCUUCAGCUCCAAAUUUUACAACUGGAACGGUUGAUAAUGUGGAAGCUAUUGCAGAAUUAGGACAGCGCUAUGGCAUACCAGUUCAUGUUGAUGCGUGUUUGGGAGGAUUUCUGCUUCCUUUUAUGGAGCGGUGUGACUAUCCUGUUCCUCCUUUCGACUUUCGAGUUGCAGGUGUUACUUCAAUUUCUUGCGACACUCACAAGUAUGGUUUUACUCCAAAAGGUACCUCUCUAAUUCUUUAUCGCGAUGCGACUUUAUUACACAAGCAGUAUUUUUGCAAUAGUGAGUGGCCUGGCGGAAUAUAUGCAACGCCUACCUUGAUGGGUACUCGUGACGGAUGUGCUAUAGCUUUAACUUGGGCAACAUUGCUAUAUUACGGACAACACGGCUACACUGACUGUAUCCGAUCGAUAGUCGAAGCAACCCAUAAAAUACGGGCAGGAAUUGAGGCGAUACCACAUCUUACAAUUCUAGGCGAACCUAGCGCAUCUAUAAUUGCCUUCUGCAGCAGAAAAUUCAGUAUUUAUGGGUUAGCUGAUCGCAUGAAUAAGCUAGGGUGGUCACUGACAAGUCUUCAGAAUCCUGCAGGAGUGCACAUAUGCGUUACGCAAAACCAUACGAAAGAGGGUGUUGUUGAAGAAUUUUUGAGUGAUCUCACCCUAACUUGUGAGGAACUAUUAGCUAAUCCUGAAUUGAGUAUCCAGUCAAGGACAGCUGCUAUAUACAAUAUGGCUUCUGUUGUUCCUGACAAAUGCUUAGUUGAAGAAGUGUCAUACAUGUAUUUGGACAGUUGCUAUGCGAUGCCGCAGCCGUUGAUAGUAGGAAGAACUCUUAGCACUGAAGGACGUAAAAUCAGUUUAAUCGGAGGAAUACCUCCAUUUUCCGGAAACGCAUUCGUUUCUCAGCUGAAAUCCCAAUAA